AUGGACGACGUCUCGUCGCUUCGUGGCAGCACUUGUAACAGCGCAGACAGCGCGGCUGCUCGACCGCCAGGACGACUAUUGCGCCAGGAGGCGGCCGAGCAAGCGCAGCAAGUCCGCGACGCGUUCAACAUGGCGCUACGGAUCAAUUACCUGGAAGAGCAGCUGCUGCUGUUUAAAGGAGGAGAAGACUCUACAAAGACCGAGGCACUCGUGGAACUGGCCGAGCUGCGCGUUACGCUGAACGCGCGUGAGCACGAGCUCCGUCAGCGUACGUUAGAGUUUACCCGCGUCGUGGACGAUCUCAAGGCCCAAGUAGAAGCAGCAAAGGCUGCAGGAGAUCGAGCGCCGUCAUCGCCGGAAGAACAGAAACAGGACAGCUGUGCUGUUGCAUCGUCGUCAACUGCAAUCAAGCAGUACCAACGGAUCUGCUUGAAACUCCGCGAUCAGUUGGACGCGAUGACAAAGCAGAGAGAAAAGAGCUUUUCAGACGCCAGUAGUUUGCAGGAACAAGUUGAUCAAUUGUCGACCGAUCUCAGGGGAGCAAGGGAAGCCAUGCGCGAUCUCAAAGGUGACUACGAGACCGUUUUGCACCGUAUGUACGAACUGGAGACUCAGGGGCGGCGGCAGCGCGAUGAGCUCCGGAAAGAGUUGGACGAGGCAUGGACGCACCGUUGCGAUCAGCAGCGCGUGACACACGAGCGAGAAAUGUUGCUGGUUAGAAAAGAUCUGCAGCACGUGGAAGCUGAAAAGGCGAUUGUCAACGAGGAAUUGCGCCAGGCAAGAGGCGAUAUUCGUGCACUGAAGAAUGACAAGAAGGACCUGGUCGAUCUCAAUGAUCGCAAUCGCGUUUUACUUGAAGAUUUACGAGAGUGCUACCGGAACUACACAGCGACGUAUCGCGAGAACCGCAGUCUGUUGAAAGCUGCUAGAGUUUGCAAAUCGGCCCUUGCCAUUCGAGACGACGAUGUCCGAAAGUGUACUCAGCGGCUUGAAGUCUCCAGCUCAUUGGAUGUGGCUAGGCAAGCUGUGAUGGAGCAGCUCCAGGAAACACGCCGUCUCCUUUCGGCAACAUCCAAAAGACUAGAAUGCAACAACCGAAUCAGGAGUGAAGAUACUCAGCGGGUGGCUGACCAUCUUCUUCAGAUCGAGUCGGUGUCAAAGCGAUGGGGCUGGACUUUUGCAAAGUUCCAAGAAUUGCAACAAAGAGUCGCUGACAAACUUUCACGUCGCUACGACGGGUCGAAAAAGCAGCCUCGCUGGGUCGUCGAUGCAAAGCAGGAGUGCUUGAGUUUGCAAGUCGAAGCUUCCAUAUUGUCGAGGACAAUCUGCAGCCUUAUCAGCAAUCCUGUCCGUCUACAGCAGCUGGUAAUCGAUGAAGAUGUUGCUGGUACGCUUGACAGCAGAUCGAAUCCACGUGUACCUAUUUGCCAUAGUCCGAAGUCGACGGACGGCGAGCGACUCAUUAACCUAAGCAAGCAGCUGGAAAAAGUGGAGGCAUGCAUACUACAACAAACAUCGUAG